AUGCCUCCUGACAUCCCAGGGGAGCUCGUGGAAAUUUCAGCCAGCUAUCGAAUAACAGCUCUUAAGGCAUUUGAGGAACUGGAAUGGCCUACCUGGCCCCCAGAAGUUGCAGAGAAAUACUCGGAGGUGUGGGCCAAGAAUAAAAUAGAAUGUGUACUGGCGGGUCCUGCUCUGGCCGGAUUCCUGCUCGCCAGCCGCCCGCCCUCCAGCGCGAACGUGACUCUGGAUCCAGACACGGCCCAUCCCGAACUCAUCGUGUCUGCGGAUCGGAGAAGUGUGAGAAGGGGAGACACACAGCCGGCUCUGCCCAAGAACAUUGAGAGAUUUGACACUGCGCUCUGUGUGCUGGGCUGUGAGGGAUUCACCUCGGGCAGACAUUACUGGGAGGUGGACGUGAAGGUAGAGAUAGAGGUGGAGGGGAAGGGAUUCUGGGCUAUGGGGGUGGCCAGAGAGUCUGUGAGCAGGAAGGGACCAUUAAGCUUUACCCCUGAGCAGGGGAUCUGGGCUUUGGAGGGAUGUGAGGAUGAGUUCUGGACUCACACAUUAACUGAGCAGUUCAACAGCUUCUCCCGGAGCCGGGCACCCAACAGGAUCCGGGUUUAUCUGGACUACGAACGGGGGCGGGUGGAGUUUGUCAAUGCGGGUAGCGGGGACGUGAUCCUCACUUUCCCAUCGGCCUCUUUCGCUGGGGAGGGAAUCUACCCCUUCUUCUGGGUGGGAUUCAGGGGCUCAGGCUCCCGGCUCACACUGUGUCCCUGA